ACGAAAAUUCGUUGUGAUUCUCAGUUCCUCCACUUCCAUGUUUCCUCUAAGUCUUCAAAUUGAAACCAAAACCCAUCAACAAGAAAAGCAAAAUGUUGUCGAUUCUCCGAAACAACAGAAUCAAAAGUAGAACCAUGAUUUCGAUUCUGGAAACCAUGUUAUCGGGUCCCAACCAAGUGACGACCCACUUCGCCGACAGCUCUCCCAGUCGUAGAACCCUAGGCUCCCACUUCGGCCAACAAGGGCGGCAGAGCUCCUCCUACGACCACAUUCGCGCCGACGUCAACUGCCCCCGUUGCUCCCGCCAAAUGCCCGUGAUCUUCUCCAACCGCCCGUUAUCCAUAACGGGCCGUGAGCCGGGGCUUUACCAGGCCCUCAAUCUCUGCCCCAGUUGCAAAACGGCGUUCUACUUCAAGCCCUUCAAGUUGGAACCUUUGCAAGGCAGUUUCAUCGAGGUUGGGAGGGUCAAGGACACCGAGAAAGAUCGAGCUCAGUUUGGGAAAGCCGAAGCUUGUCGAAGACCAGAUGAGGAGAAUGAUGCUGCGUCGCAUUCGGGGAGGGAGUUGCCUACUCCGAAGGAGAUUGUUAAGGCGCUCGACGAAUUCGUCGUCGGCCAAGAAAGGGCGAAGAAGGUGCUUUCGGUGGCUGUUUACAAUCACUACAAAAGGAUACAUGACGAAUCUUUCAAUCAAAAGUCGGGUGUAGAAUUGGGUAAUAAUGGAGAAGAAAAUGAGGACUGUGAUUCUGUUGAGCUGGAGAAGAGUAAUGUGUUAUUGAUGGGUCCCACUGGCUCAGGAAAGACAUUACUUGCAAAAACACUAGCCCGUGUUGUGAAUGUACCAUUUGCCGUUGCUGAUGCAACAACGUUAACACAGGCAAGUUAUGUUGGAGAAGACGUGGAAUCAAUAUUGUAUAAGCUGCUUAUGGAAGCUGAGUUCAAUGUUGAAGCAGCUCAGAAAGGCAUUGUCUAUAUUGAUGAAGUCGAUAAGAUCACUAAGAAGGCUGAAAGCUUAAACAUUGGCAGAGAUGUAUCUGGAGAGGGUGUCCAACAGGCAUUACUGAAAAUGCUGGAAGGAAUGAUAGUGAGUGUUCCUGAUAAAGGAGCUCUGAAGAAUCCCCGCGGUGAUCACAUUCAGAUAGAUACAAAAAAUAUCCUCUUCAUUUGUGGCGGAGCAUUUGUUGAUUUAGAGAAGACCAUUUCAGAGAGACGGCAAGAUUCUUCCAUUGGCUUUGGAGCACCGGUUCGCUCAAACAUGAGAAGUGGCGGAUUGACCAAUGCUGUAGUGACAUCCUCAUUGCUGGAAUCUGUAGAAAGUGGUGACCUUAUUGCAUAUGGCCUCAUACCUGAAUUUGUUGGACGAUUUCCAAUUUUAGUGAGCCUUUCAGCUUUAAAUGAAGACCAACUUGUUCAGGUCCUCACAGAACCAAAAAAUUCUCUUACUAAACAGUACAAGAAGAUGUUCAGCAUGAACAAUGUCAAGUUACACUUCACCAAUAAUGCUUUGACAUUGAUCGCGAAGAAAGCGAUGGCAAAGAACACUGGUGCCCGAGGGCUAAGAGCAAUAUUGGAAAAUGUUCUGACAGAAGCAAUGUAUGAGAUUCCAGACAUGAAGGCCGAAAUUGAUACUAUGAAUGCAGUUUUGGUUGAUGAAGAGGCUGUUGGGCCAGUGGAUGCUCCUGGAUGUGGAGCAAAAAUACUUCGGGCAGAUGGUGCACUCGAUCAAUUGCUUCAUGACACAAAGUCCAGGGAUCCAAUGGGUGGAUUGCAGGUUCAGUCAAGAGCCAUUUGAUUGUAAAUUUUAUGUAAUUUAGCAUGUGUAAAGACUACUACAUAUCAUACACAAUAAUAGAAGAAAAUAAAUCUUAUAUUUCAAAGUUCUUUGCA